AAUUCGACCAGUUAAAAAUGUCCCGAGAUAAAGCGAAUGAAAACUGCGUGUCGAAGUUGGUUAAAUUAUCCCCCAAGUUGCCGGAGGGAGUCGAUAACGUGGAAAAUAUUUGGGAGACGAUGAAGGAGAGAUUUCCCCAGACUGCAGCCCUUCUUUGUGAUAUGGAGAGGGUUGUAAAGCGGGCGGAGCAUGCACUAAAGCAUCGGGAGAUCGAGGCACAAAUUUCGAUGACAGACACGGAAUCCGAGUGCUCUGAUAAGCUCGCCAGUCCGGGCAAUGACUUCGAGAGUUUGAAUGAGUGGUCCCAAGUGGUGAGUGAUUCCUUCCCCGAGGACUCGGAUUUAACCGCAUCCCCCCGGCCCCCGGAAGCCGUCAGUCCCGAAGAAGGAACUCCAAAUGACCCCGAGGCAAACGACAAACUCAUUGAACUAGACAAACUCUCGAUUAUCCAAAAGUUCGACGUACCCCGUGAGAUCUACAAUCGUGCAAUCUCCGCAAUAAGCUCCAUAAAAUUAAUCGAGAAUAAAGUCACGUUGGUGGAGCCAUCGAUAACCACCAAGGAUGCUGUGUUGGCUCCUGUUCAGCCUCGGAUAUCCUCCUACGAAGAUAAACCGAGAAAAAAUGAUAAUGAUAGGUCUCCACUUCCCUUCACUGACAAGAAACGGCCCUUCAGCCUGUCACCGUUGAGAAGCGUAUCUCUGGACAUUGAUAAACCCUCGUACAUCCCCGUCAGAAGUCCCAGGCAAACGGUGUCGCCGAGGCCGAGAGACCAGAGUCCUAAGAUAACCAAGUCCCCAAGGCUAAAAUCCAAACUCCCAAAGUCUCCUCCACCCUUCAACAACUUCGCCAGUAAUAAUUCAUGCAAUCGAAUAUUCCAGAAGAGUGCCACCAGGACGACAUUUUAACUUACAACUGGGUGAGUACGAGCUGAAUAGUCGGUAAUUUAUACGAGUUUCAUUAACACCAUUAACAUCAAGUGCUCAAGGAAUUUUGGCAACUAGCCAGGGCA